CCUCGGAACGGAACUUCAUCGUGAUUCAAUCGGCGUCUAUCUUAAGAUUCAGAUUCAUCGAAAAAUGUCAACGUUCAGUGGGGAUGAGACCGCUCCUUUCUUCGGCUUCCUUGGCGCUGCCGCUGCCCUCGUCUUCUCCUGCAUGGGAGCUGCGUAUGGGACUGCCAAGAGUGGUGUUGGAGUGGCAUCUAUGGGUGUUAUGAGACCAGAGUUGGUGAUGAAGUCUAUUGUCCCCGUUGUCAUGGCUGGUGUCUUGGGUAUCUACGGUUUGAUUAUUGCUGUUAUCAUCAGUACCGGGAUCAACCCCAAGGCUAAAUCUUACUAUCUUUUCGACGGAUAUGCACAUCUCUCCUCUGGUCUCGCUUGUGGUCUUGCUGGUCUUUCUGCUGGCAUGGCCAUUGGUAUCGUUGGUGAUGCUGGUGUCAGGGCUAAUGCUCAGCAGCCAAAGCUUUUUGUUGGUAUGAUUCUUAUCCUCAUUUUCGCUGAAGCUCUGGCUCUAUACGGGCUCAUCGUCGGUAUCAUCUUGUCCUCCCGUGCUGGUCAAUCCAGAGCCGAAUGAGGAAGAGUAUUGCGGUUCUUCUUUGAUUCCAUGUGAUUCUUUCUUUUGCUUUCUCGCUCUGUCUUUUAUCAUUUCUCAGGUUUAAUAGAGGCAACACACAGUGGUUCUGCUACUUGUUGUACCAUACCAUGUUUGCUAAGCGUGUCUACGCGAAACUCUGUUAUGCUUGUAAUUUUCUUCUCUUCCUAGUAAGAGAGACCUCCCUAUUUAAAAAUCUUUUUUUGUCAGUCUUAAUAAAUCACAGAAAACUCAAUUUGAU